AUGGUCGACGUCAUGUCUACCGAGGUCGGCAGUUCGGAGGCCCAAAACACGGCACCAAAUACGCGAAAGGUGCCCCAAGGACGCAGAGGACCUAAGGCGGGGACCAAAAGGGUUCAUUCUAACGACGAGGAAGUGGAACCCGGAAACGAGCCGCCAAAAAUUAAUUCGGCUCGGAGGGGGAGAAAGGCUGGAGGUGCUGGUACAGCAGCUCCUCGGCUAAAGCUGAAGAUGUCGGGCCGUGGGGGAAGAAAGGCUGCAGGGACCUACGCUGGUUUGGCAGCGGCUCGUGAUAAGCUGCGAAACAGCGUGGAAGACGAGGAAGACGAAAACCCCGAGGAAGAUGGGAACUGUGAAAGUGAGGGUCGAGUGUCGCCGAGGACAGAUGGUGACCCCAUUGAAGCGGCACGCCGGGCUGCUCAAACGGUAUUGGAGCAAACGGAAAGGUCUUCCAAUAUCAACGGAGGCGCAAGGAACGCAAUAAACGACGCCUGUAGAGUAAUUAAGGUUGCCAUGGAGCAGCUACAGUCACAACGAGGGAGUGAGGAGAUCCGCGCCCUUAGAGCGGACAAUAAAAGGAUGCGGGAGGAACUCGCUCUCUUGAAGUCGGAGACAAAGGCGCUCCGCAAGGCCUUCUCGGAGCGAAAAACAGUGGCUUCUGAGAGUCUUGAGGAAGAUCCGGCAGUGGGCCCUAAUGAGCCAAUUAAUACAAGAUCCGAGGUCGAGACGCUCUUUGCUUCCUUCAAGGAGCAGAUGGAGAAGGAGUUAUUUAUUUCCAUUGGGGGAAUGGUGAACGCCAAGUUAGAAGGGAUCCGUAGUCGUCUCCCCCCAGAACCCAUCCUCCGCCCAACGUUAGCGGCGGAUAAAAAAACCGGAAGGGGCCCAAAUAACGCGCCGGCCCCGUCGACGUUAACCAGCUCGCAACCAAGAGUGAACAGAGGGCAACCGGGAGGCAACCCCAACGAACAAACGGGGGCGACACUCAAUAUGCCCCCUGCGAGACCUGGACCUGCCCCUGGUCCGAGGAUUAAGGAGACGGCAGCUAAACCGAAGCCGGUGAACACAGCUCCCACAGUAACACCCCCCGCACAUGAGGAAUGGACGCAGGUGGUGAAGCGGAGGGCAAAGAAAAAGAAGAAGAAGGCUACCUCUCCCUCCACGCAGACAACACAAGCGGCUAAGUCAUCGGGCUCGGUAGCCAAAAAGUUGGUGAUACCAAAAACUGCGGCGGUGGUGGUGGCUCUCAAGCCGGAGGCUAAGGAGUCCUACGCCUCGGUAAUGCUGAAGGCCACCCAAGCUUUCCGGCUCGAAGAAGUUGGUCUUGAGCACGUAAAUGUGCGAAAGACGGCAGAUGGGGCCCGUAUACUAGAGGUGGCGGGGGCGGAUAGUGGCCGUACCGCCGACGCCCUGAAGGAGCGCCUUGAGGCAGCCAUAGGUGACGCUGCCCGCGUUUACAGGCCGGUAAAAUUGGCGCGCCUCCGGAUCUCCGGUCUUGAUGAAUCGGCAACCCCAGAGGCUGUGGCAAGGGCGAUUGCGGUCAAAGGGGGGUGCUCUUAUGCGGAUAUUAGGGUAGGGGUCAUCCAUUUUGGUUACAAUGGCUCUGGCUCGGUCCUUGCACAGUGCCCCAUAGAAGCGGCGAACGUUGCUGCGUCGGCAAGAAGGGUGACAAUCGGGUGGUCGGCAGCUCGAGUUGAAGCCCUUGAGCCGGAGGCACUCAGGUGUUACAAAUGCCUAGGUGACGGCCACACUAGGGCUACAUGCCCCUCUCCGAUAGAUAGAGGAAACCUAUGCUUCCGCUGCAGCAAGCCGGGACACCGAGGGGCGGACUGUCAGGCGGAAGCAUUCUGCGCUGUCUGCCAUAAGGCAAAACUGCCAGCGGGGCACAGAAUGGGUGGUUUCUUUUGCAACCCUCCUAAGGUGAGGGGGGUAGAAGCCCACAGUGUAAGCAGUGGGGCUCCGGAAACGGCCACGCCAACAGUGAUCAUAAGCCCCACCCCGACGGAACAGGUUAUUGACGGGCAGCAAAUGGACCACUAA